AUGGACAAGAACGUUGCCCUCCUCGUCCACUUAUUGACACUUUCCUUCGGAUUGCCCUUAGUCAUCCUGGCCCAGGAUGAGAUUCAGUGCCCGAAUCCCUCCGAAAUCGAACCCUGCGUCUGCGAAAUCAAUUCCGAUUUUGGCUAUGACAUCCUCCUCCUCGAUUGCAGUGCCGUCACGUCCACGGAAGAACUGCAGGUGGCUUUCCAAGCGGAUUUCCCCACCCCUGUCGUCGACGAGCUUCUCGUAAGAAAUGCAACGCUGGAUUUCCUCCCGGCGGGUGUCUUUGGAAGUAAGGAGUUGAAGAAAGCCAUCAUUUCCGAGUCGAGACUGAGAUCGGUGGACGGAAAUGCCUUCGCGGGAUCGGAAGGAUCUCUGACCUGGCUUGACCUGAGUGAGAAUCAGCUGCAAGAAUUUCCGUUCGAGGAAAUUCUCUCAGGCCUGACUCAGCUCUCUCAUUUGACACUGUGGAGGAAUUCCCUGAGUUCUAUCCCUUCUCUGAGCAGCCAAUCUCUGCUUUGGCUCAAUUUGGCAUUCAAUCAGAUUCCAUCUACCGAGGCACCUCUAUUUUCGGGUCUGGAAAACCUUGAAACAUUAUACAUCGGCGGAAAUCCUUUAACCGAGCUGCCCAAUGGCCUGGUUUCUCCUCUGGGGAAGCUGAAAGACUUCGAUGCUUCAAACUCCUUCAUCUCCGACUUGACUGUUGGAAGCUUGAUCUUCCAAAGCGAUCGAGUUUCUAGCGUGUCCCUGAACAAUAACAGCAUCAGAGCCAUCGAACCCGGAGCAAUCGGCGGCUUGAGUUAUGACUCCUGGCUCUGGCUGGGCGAUAACAAGCUUAUGGCAUUGGAAGAGAACACUUUUCGUCCAAUCCUCCAGUACUUCACAAACGAGUACUACGGUCGCAUCUACGUUCGAAAUAACCCCUUGCUCUGUGAAUGCGACAUGGCCUGGCUCUUUGUGAACACGUCUCUCUUGUAUCAUGUGGAAGGGAAUUGCUGGAAUGGAACCGACAUCUGGGCCAUGGACCAGACUUACUUCGAGCAAAACUGUUUCCACUAAUCGAGUGGCUGUCACGUUCAGCAUAGCGCAUCCACGAAUGAAAUAAUAAAAAAGCUUCACUUGGACUGCCCAGUACCCUCUGUAUUAGCAAGC